CGUGACUCACAGCUGGUCUUGUCUCUCACGAUGAAUGGACAUUGUCGACAUCUAUACACUCCAGUUCCAUGUUAUAUACAUUUUUAUUGUUGUAGUCAUAUGUCAACGCCAAGUAUAUGUUUGGUAUCUGAAGAGCGACAGAUCACGCUCAGUGUUUUAAAUGCGACUCUCUCGAAAACAACAUUUCCCAUAAGCAACCGCGCGGCGAAACCGGAAGUUACGUUUGUGACCAUUACGUAAGGGCUCUGGUUGCUAGCAGCUCAGUGAAGCUGUCAAAGAUGGAGUUCAAUGAAGAGAAGAAUACAGAGCAAAACAUUACAGAGGAUUCUAAUAGACAAAUACACAGCGAUGAGACAAAACAAGAAACAAGCAAAGACACUAUUUGCCGGCACUUCCUCUUGGGCAGAUGUCAUUUUGGAGACAGAUGUCGGCUGUCUCACAGUACUCAAACCACACAGUCAGAGGACGAUGACAAAAUGGUUACAGAAACGCAGGUUAACGGCCAGAAAAAUAGGACAAAGAUUCAUACGGAUAAGAAAGAAAAGCACCAUAUGAGUAGAGAUAGAGAAGAGCGAAUGAAGAAGCCACGCAUGCGUACUGCAGAUGAUGUCAUCUCUAGAAUUAUAUGGGACCCCUCAGCUGACCCAGCUGACUUUAUGGUUGGUCAUCUGGAUCGUUUUCUUGGGGUGCUGGAACGCCCAUUUUCUGACUUCUCAUGGGAUACUCAGGUAUGUGACUGUGACUUCUCUGAGGAACUGGCUCUUCCACGUCAUAGGAUCCAAUAUUUUAGCUACAAAGGCCAGCGUGUGUGGGACAGAGAUAGUCGUACUGACAGGGUGUUCGGCUCCACAGGGCAAACUAUCGUGCCUCCGUUUGCUAGUGAAAAUCAACAAGAAACAGCUGACCCUGGGCAACACGAAGAGACUACAAACGCAGCAGAUGUUUCAAAUGAUCUAGAGGAAACAACUUCUGAUUUUUCUAAAGAACAGGAUGAUGCAUCUGCAGCAAACAAACAAGAGCUGGGUGAUGACGGAAAUGCUGAUGAUGAAGUCAGUGGAGACAGUGCACGUUUGGAAAAUGAAGACAAAAAGAUGGAAGUUGCUGAAGAUUCUUUGACUCAUCUGGCAGAGGAGCUAUCCAUCACUCAGCAGGAAAACGCUAAAAUAGAGGAAGAAUGGAAAGACAGCUGGGAUGGAGAGGGAGAUAUGGUUGCAGAGUCGGUAUCAUCUAUACCACAAGAGCCGAGAUCAGCCCGUCAACCACGUAGACCCACCCACUUUAUCUGCUUUCGCGUUGACUCUCCCGCUGCUCUCCAGGCCUUCCAUCGCGUUCAGAGGAAAGUUCUCUCUCACGUUCCCCAGUCAUUGCCGAUAUGGGUCGACCCUGCAACCUUGCACGUUACCCUUUCCUUGCUUGUUCUCAAGAGCCCUGAGGAGGUCAGUGCUGCCUCUGAACUCCUCCGUACCACAGUCAGAAACUCUCACAAAGCGCCUAUUUCUGUGUCUUUUACCCCAAAACUUAAGCAUUUUAAUGGGACUGUUCUACACAUAACCCCUCAGCCCAUCCCUGAUAUCCAAAGCCUGAAUUCCCCUCUGCAGGAGGUAUUCAGGGAGAAGGGCUGGCUUCAUCGUCAUUCACGAAGCCCCUCGUACCAUCUUACCUUGGCCAAACCACAGGAGAAAAUGACAGAGAAGAUGUUUGAAGGAAUAGGGUCUGUAAAACUGGCCAAAGAUGUGAACUUUGGCAAGCUUGAAGUAAAUAAACUGUAUCUUUGUGUGAACGGUCAGCCUAAGACUGAAAGCGGUUUCUACCAAGCUGUAUGUGUUGUGCAGCUGCCAAAUGUGUAAACGUUCUUGUUUUUGUAUAAUUAAAACUCAGGGAAGUUUAUUUAAGGACCAUUAUAAUAUAAAUAUGCGUAUUUAUAGCCAUCCUCGGUAGUAUUUCAUCACCUCAGCUGGUACCUAUCACAGUUAAGGAGGAGGGAGUACUCUGGGCUCAUGCCAAAUUCUGAGUUGUAGUGAACAUGGCAAAGCUUAGCCUUUUAUAUAUUCAUAUUUUCAAAGUCAAUAUAUUAGCUUUUUAAGUUUUUAAAACCGAUGUUUAUAACCAUUUCAGUAAGAAGUAGUAGGGACUGGUCCUUCAGUAACAUUUGACUCUAUCUUUAUAUUUAGUAAUUUAGUAGUAACUAAACAACUUAGAUGUAAAAGCCGCUGAACACGACCUCUGUCAAAAAUUUGAUAAUGAUACUGGCUGAAUGCUCUUGGCACUUAUUAUACCUUCAUCAAACACUUUCACUUCAAAUACGCUUAAUUCAGGCCAUUCAAAUACCCUUUUUUUGUUGCAUAAUCUGUGUUUAAAGCCACAGCGAUUUUUCAGCAAAGUGCUCAGAGGUGUCAUAGGAUGAAAGAUGUUGCGCGGACGUUAAGUUGCAAGAGUUUUUACUCUGUUAAAAGAGGUUUACCAAAUAUAUUAGGAUAAUGACUGAUUUUUUUUAACCUUUUAACUGUAUUCAUAAAAAGAAUAGUGAAGUGGAGAUGUACUUAGAGGGUUUUGCCUCAAAAGACACCAAUGAAAUGACUAAAGUCAGAUGUGUAAAAAUUAAGGUAAUUUAAUUACUCCCUAAUAACUUUUUUCAUUGCUAUUGAAGUGAAAUUACUGAACCUGAUAAAACACAAGAGCCUGAUUAAAAAAAUGCUCAUUUACAAGAAAACAUGUCAGACGGACUUAAAUGGUUUUGCUUUAACUGUAAUCUUAUAUUUAAUAAUUUAUUACUAAAUAUGGUUUAAUAAUAAAUGGUUAAUGGUUUAUAAAAGUGCCAUUUAGGUGCUAUAUUGAAUGCUCAGGUAAUAUUACUUGACAUCUUGCACACCUGAAUACAAUUCAGAUGAAUUUUAGAACUAUAGUACAAUGUGCGCUUUCAAUUUUAUUAUUUACAUCUCUAUACAAAUAAAAAAAUAUUUUUCCUUGAG